AUGGAUGAGACUUUCAAAAAGAUGUUUCAAAAAAGAGUUUAUGAUCUCCUGUCCCACAAAUAUGGAAUACUUAUGCUCAUUUUUGGAGGCUUCCUUAUUAUAAUAUCAGCGCUUCAUUUCGGAGAGGUAAAUGUAGCAUAAACUAGAAUUAUUAUAUUUAUUUUAUAAUUCUUUAGCUCAACUCCUAGUUGAGGGCCUACUAUUAAAAAUGUUGAGACUGCAUCUGCAUGCCUUGGCCUUGAGACUAUUUUAACUAUAACUUUUUGAUGAUACAAUACAAGUGCAUGAGGUAAUAUAAAAGAAGUUCUUUGCCUCUUUGGAUUAUCGUGACGUCGCGUCGACGUCAUCAGUAACAAAAAGGUUAAAGAAAAACUAAUUUGAAUUUAAAUUGCACCCCAUUGCAGCUAUAAUAUAAUUUUGGUAAUUUUUAACAUUGUUAAUGUUAAUAAAACUACCCAUGUCAUAUUUUUUUUUAAUUGAACAUAUUUUUGGUAAAGUUGACUCUUCAUGCUAUUUAGAAGUCCAAGUUUUGUUAAAUUUCCAGGCAUGGCUUGAGUGGAGUCAUGAAAAGUAUGAGGCUGUAUUCAACUCUUUCAGUGACAAUAUUGCUGGCAAGUCAUUUAGAGAAAGGUAUGUAUUAUGUCCAAUUUAUGUAUUUUUAGGUAAUGAAGAUGGUAGCACUGAUCCAGAAUUGUCUACUUAUGAUCGCACUUACUUUUAGUACAAUUUAAGAUUAAUAUUUUCAUAAUUUAAUUCACAUCAAUCCUUUUAAUUUGGCCGGCACUACGUACACCGCGGCGGUGUACCUAGCGAAACUAUUGACUUUGGCCUGCGUACAUCGUAGUGAUUUAAAGUAGUGAGACCAUGGUCUUUGCGAGUCUUUAACUUUUUGGCCUAACCGGUGCUUGUAGAUUUAAUGUUAUACUCUUUUUAAAACUGAAAACUAUUUCUUUAAAAAUCGUUUAGUACCUUGGCAGGAAGAUAUUGAGUAAGUUCCACGCUUAUGUGGCAAAGUACUUGUAGAGCAUUUCUUAUUAUUUAUUGGAAGGGAGGGGGGUGUAAUGUUAAACCAUGAUUUUUUUUUUAAAGUUAACCACUUUAUUUCCCCCAUAUAUUGAAAUACAAAUGUAUUUAUUAAUUGGUGUAAGUUUUAUCCUAUGAUUGUGAAUCUUAAUAGGCAUAGAAAGGGUAGCUAAUUUGAAAUUAUUCUCCCCCGAUCCCCCCCCCCCCCCCCCCCCCUUUUUUUUUUUUUGGGGGGGGGGGCAUUUCAGUUGUUUUUUUUUGGGGGGGGAGGCAUUAUAUACAUUUUUUUGCUGUUCUUUAUUUCAUAAAUGUAUUUUAUUUUAAUGUCAUGAUUAUGUCUCUUUUGAUAAAAUUUUUAUGUACAGCGCGGUGAGCCCAGCCAUAGGCUGGGGUACUGCGCUAUAUAAGACCCCUUAAAAAUAUUAAUAUUAUUAUUAUUAUAAUUAUAAUAUUGUAUGUGGUCCCUCGGGGCGUGGUGUAAAAAUGAAUGGGAAUCCAGUGCAUCUAUUUUGUUAGCACCAAGAUUUAAUUACGCCACAAAUACAUUACGGGAAGAGAAUCACAUACAUUGAUCAUGAAGUCGUGAAGUUAAAGUUGUUCGAGGCAUUGUCAUUGUGAUAUCAAGCGAUUGUCAACACAAAACAACAGUAUGAUGAUCAAUACGAAACACUGCACUGAUUUUUAAAAGUCUUUUAACAAUAACUAAAUAUCAUUGAAGUAGUUUUACAUUGGUAUUACACAUUGGUUAAAAAAAAAUGUUGGCGGACAUCAGCACCCCCCUCCUCCGGGUUGGGGGGGGGGGGCAAAAGGUAAGUUUGUUGUGCGGACGUCCUUUGUGGACAACCCCUAUCCAGAGCCGUGAUUUGUGUAGGCCCUCUUUUUGGUUAAGCCUCUACCCAUAACUCACCUCCACCCCCCAGCAAGGAUCGAUUUCUUAACAAAAAAACAACAAAUAAAAAAACGUUGAAAUAUCGUAAAUCCUGUCCCAAACGCAUUGUGCAAUGGUUUCUGUGAGAAAACGUCGUGUUUUACCCUGAGAAUAGCACAUGCCAUGCCAUUAUGGAAACAAAUUCCGUAAUGAACAGGGUAAACGCGGACCUAUGGCUUUGCUAUACAGUUUGCUACGGCGCCGUAAGUUUCUAAAAUCGUGGUGUUUUCAAAAGAUUUGCUGUGAGACUGAGGGUUGUGAAUGAACCGUUGAUAUCGUGUGUACAUUUUGCCAAUGCAUAGUGAACACAAGAUGGUUGAAAUACGACCAUGCACAUUAAUAUUCAUAUUAUUGAUAUACUGUUAUUUUCUUUGGGUGUUCGUAAAAGUAAAAUGUAAAUAUUCAACUACACGAAGAAUGUUGAAAUACAAUAAAAUAUCACAAAUAUUUAAAUUGUUUAAAUUGCUACAAAAUAUUUAAAAACUUCUCAUGAAACUACUGUUACAAAUGAACAUGAUAAUUUAAAUAUAAAAUAUUUUUAAUGAAAAUGGGAAGAACAAAAAACUAGAUCCCCUACGGGGAAUUGAUCUCAAAAUAUAAUAUCGCCAAGCGUCCACUCUACCACUUGACCACACAAGGUCUUGUCUAACAUGCAUAUUAUCUUAAAACCAGGCCAAUGGUACAUUUUUGCCGGGGUGUACCAGGGCCAAAUGCCCACGAGUUCGCUAGGUACACCGCCGCAGAUUACUCAGGCCAAAGCCGAUGGUUUCGCUAGGUACACCGCCGCAGUGUACGCAUCCACUAUGUUUUAAUUUUAAUGGAUAAUUUUUGGUGUUUUUAAAAAAUUUUUAAAUGCCUUUCUUUCUUUUUAAUUAACUAAUUUAAAAGUUUAAACAUUCACACUAAAAAUUCCUCCACAUCUUUUUUCCUUCAAAAAUUAUAUAUUUUUAAAAAAAUGGCAAUAAGAAUAACAUUGUAAUUUAGGUGUCAUUCAUAUCAGUUAAUAUAAAGCAUCACUUAUAAUUUGUGAAUUGUAAUUAUUUUCUUUUAUAUUUAUUAUAUUAAUCUUUAAAUUGGAUACAUUUUUUAAUUUUCCAGUUUGUUAAUCAUCUUUAUAUUAAAGAUAUCAGCAUGUAUGUUUUGCCUUUGCAUUGAAAAGAUUAUCUGUCCCACUACCAAUUGAUGUUGUGUAUACAUGGGUCAAUGGGACUGAUCCUGGGUUAAUUCGUCAGCUUGAACUGGUAAAGAUAUCCUUGGAAGAAAAAAGUAACCUCACCAGGUAAGAUUUAAAGAAAUAGAUUGUAAAAUUGUGGACUUGUUCACAUUUUUAUAUUUUCUUAAAAAUGGAUUAAUGUCAAUUAGUUUUAAAAAUAAUGAUUGAUUUUCUUUUAAUUAUAAAAGUGUAGGACUGUGUUAAAGCUUUUAAGUAAAAUUAAUGAGACAUAAACAAUCGGCAUAACUGAAACAACAUAUGUUGAGCUUAAAUUAUGGCGGUUACGCAAAACACAAAUUUAAACGUUUCGGCAAAUGUCAUUUGAAUUUUUAUUUUGUGUAACCAUAAUUAAAGCUAAAAUAUAUAUAUUUUUUUUUUUGCGAGUUAUUUGUGUCUCACUAAUUAAAUUUUUUUUUAUAUUGAUCCAAAUGCUUUUUUAAAUUAUACAAUAUUUAUAGCAUUACACUGUUUAUACACAUCUUUUUCAUAUUAAAAAAAAAUCUUUAGUUUAACUGAAAGGAGUCUAAAUAUUAUUUUUGAAAUAAUACUCCGUUUGCAUACCAGUGUAAAUAUAUUUUUUAAUUGCAACCCAUGGCUUAUUACAGGACUUAAUAUUUUUUAAAAUGCAUGUUAAAUAAUUUUCUUUUCAAACUAUCGAAUACAAGCAUGUUACAGGUUCAUUUGAGAAAUAAAAUUAGAAUGUGGCAUCUUAUAGCAUCAAGUUUUAAUAUCUCCAAUUUGAUUAAAAAGGAAGGUGUGGGGGGGGGGGGGGGGGGAAUCACAAAUUCAUAGUUCUUCAAUCAAGAAAAAACUUCUUAGCUCCUGAUCAUCAAUGAUAAGCAUUUAUUUUAAAACAAUCCAACUUAGUACUUAAAAAUUUACCUACGCCCACAUUAACCUUUCUCUAGAAAGCAAGAAAUCAAGGAGAGGUAAGAUAAUGUAACAAGCAGGACUGGAUUGUAUUUUUUUGUGUUUUUCCAUGGUUGCUAUAAAUUUUUCACAUCAUUUGCAAUUGGUUUGUGUACCGGUAUUACUGAAAUUAACAAAAAUAUUUUUUUAAAGGGCGGGGGAAAUUCACAACAAACAAAAAUAAAUUUGUGUGACUCAAUGUAGAAUUACAUAUUUUUGUGUGUGUUAGUUUUAAUUACACAAAAUUUUAUUGACAUAUUAAACAAAAAUACCCAUUUAACGGUAAGUGGGGGGGGGGAGUGCUGUGUGGCAGAGUGGUCUAAACUGAGCAAGUCUCAAGUUGAUGGUCUGGAGCUCAAUGCCCAUGUGUUAUUUUUAAUUACACAAAAUUUUAUUGACAUAUUAAACAAAAAUACCCAUUUAACGGUAAGGGGGGGGGGGGGAGUGCUGUGUGGCAGAGUGGUCUAAACUGAGCAAGUCUCAAGUUGAUGGUCUGGAGCUCAAUGCCCACCGAAGCCCAGUCAAGCAAAAACAUCACCAGCACCCCGGGUGGAUGGGACUCGUUAACUUUGGAUGGCAACUCAUCUAAUUCAAUCUCAGAAAUGGAGUCCCAUAGUCGAAUUACAUUGGUACAAUGAAACAUUCAGAGUACUUAUGCGACGCCACUGGUGUCAAGCUGUAUCAUCCACAUGAUAUUUCCUUGGGUUAUCCAGCUUAUAAUCCUAGAAGAAUAAUCCCAGGCCUUGUGGAUCUUGUCCUGGGAAGCCCACACCAUCGUGACAUUGUGACGGAAGGAUGCCUGCAAAAAAAAAAACAACAUUACCUCCAUCUAAUACGUCAAGAUUUAAUUUAAAUAUAUUGAUAAUGUGGGGUUUGUGGGGUAAAGGUAUUUGUUACCGAUCCCUUCAAGUGUCACCACACUGAUGUUACCAAUUAUAUGCUUCAAGCAAGAAUGUGGUUUUGUAUCUCCUGCCAUCAUAUAAUGUCUAAUGGUUGCUUAAGUGGGUUUUUAUCAUUGGCACUGAAAUGUCAGCAUUAGAAAUUAUAUCGGAGUUACAAUAUAAAUUAACAGGUAAAAAUAUUUGGCCGGAAACUGACAAAACAACCUAUAAGAGUUUUAUUUGUUUAAAUUUCUAAUUUUUGGUUGUUGAGCCUAUGCAUGGAAAUUUUGCUAUCAUAAGGCACUAUAAGUUUCAAGCUUAAUUUUUUGGGUUAAAUAAAGAACAAUAUAUAUAUAUAUAUAUAUAUAUAUAUAUAAUCUCGAGAGAUAUAUAUAUAUAUAUAUAUAUAUAUAUAUAUUUAUGAAAACAAACAAUAGCUCUAAAAGAUCCAAUAAGUUGUCAUGAGUGAGGAGAAUUUUUUUCCCCUUAUUAAUUAAGUAAUUAGUUUAACCUAAAUCUCAAGUUGCUGCUUGCAUGCUAAUGGUGGAUUCUUUCAAUUUCUAUAACAAAUUUCUAUUACCGGAUUGAGAAAGUUGUAAUUGGUUGUGGUGUGUUGUCAUCAAAUGAGACUAAAGAAUUUUAUACAACAAAUAACCAUCACAUUUAAUUUGACGAAGAAUUACGAUACUUUGAAGGGUUAGGAAAUUGCUUUUUUAUACAAAAACAACAACAACUAUCAGUUCUGUUGCAUUAAAAAGUUUGUUACAUUUGAAUAAACAAAAUUAAAAAUUUAAAAAAAAAUUAAUUUCUCAGUUUGUUACAAAUUUUUUUUUAAAUAUGAAGGGGGCAUGAAAAAAUAUUCAAAAUUAUAGUCAAGCUUCUAGAGUUUUAAAUGCAUAUAUGAUCAUAUGUAGAUAAGACAGAAUGGUCUGACUAUAUUACUAUUUAUUACAAUAAAUUGUUACCACAUUCCUGAACUGACAGAAAAUGGAAUAGAGAGCUUCUAGACCCAAAUGCAGAAAUUAGUAUGAAACCAAUUUGUACGAAACCAUUUUUAUGUAGGAAUUUUGAUCUAACUGGAGUUUGUUUGGGAAGAAGUUUGUUCAAACAACAGAAAUCGUGAAAAAAAAACAACACAUAAAUUUUAAAUUAAAAAGUUUCCAUAUUCCAUAUUUCUCACCCAAACAUUCCCUUAACAAAUAAUUAAAAAUUUAAAAAAAACAACAAUCAUCUUUGAAACAAUUUAAUUUCAAACAUACUUCCACUUGAACAAUAUUCCUUUGUACAAAUUUGUUUCAAAAUAAUUUCCUGUUACCUCCUACACCACAUGAUACUAUUUAUCUAGACCACAUGCUUCUAUUUAUCUGGACCAUAUGAUACUAUUUAUCUAGACCAUAUGAUACUAUUUAUCUAGACCAUGGGAUACUGUUCUAUUAAUAUCUUUGUGAACUGGGUCCUCUCUCAAGCUUAGAACUAGUGUCUGUUGUCUAUCCUCUCAUGGCAAGCUCUACUAGGUGGUGAUGGUCACUCUAAAAUAAAUUUUUAAUAAGUUAAACAACAAUGCAUGUAAUUUUCCCUUACCAUCUGGCUCUGUACUAUAUCUAAACAAGUCUUUUAAAAAAUCACUUUAUUCUGAAGGGAUUGAGAAUGGAUUGUCUUCCCUGGAAGGAAAAAUUAACGGUUGGAACUUGAUUUAAUUUAUAUAAUCAAUAUAAUAAAGGGUUUAUGAGCUUACUGAUAUAAAUGAGGGAGUAACUACUGAUCCUAUGUUAAAACAUUCUUGUAUUUUAUUAGGUUUCAUUUAAAGGAUGUAUCACACUGUAAAAAAUGUGGGGAAAAAUACGUGAAUCUGGUUUCGAUGCAUUGAAUCCUCAAAAAAAAACAACUUCUGACUUUUCCACGCUCUUGAAAUUUAUAUUUAGUAAAUAGGAAACCAAAAUGUCCUUAUUUUAAAAAACAUAUCUAUGAAUAGAUAUUUGACAUUUUAAUUUUUUUUAAUCUCCUAUAUAAAAGGAGCGAUUUUUCAUGCUCAUAAACUACAAAAAACAACAACAUAUUUUCCAAACUAUUGUAGAAACAUAUAUAUCCUUAAAUUAAAAAAAAAAAAUUAUCAGUUUAAAUAUUUUUAACAUUAAUGUAUUUGAAAAAUUGGUAUCUUCAUUAAAAAAUUACAUAACCUUUUGCCCCACUCCUGAACUAUAUGUCUUGGAAAUCGUAAAACACAGAAUUUGGAUAUCUAAAGAAGAAUCUCUGAACCAACGCACACAUUAUUUAGAGAGUAUGGUUAUUUAUUUUAAAUUUAAGUCUAUACUGACGUUCAAACCUGUAACAUCUGGCUUGGAGAUAUUGGUAUCCAAAUGAGGCAAAUGCAGUGUCAUAUGGUUUGUUAUAUAGAUCAGGAAUCAGCGAGUGGUAUUUGGCAAUGAUUUUUCGUUGCACUUAAUGGCUUGAACAGCAUUUUCUUAUUUAAAACACAUACUUUAUACUUUAAGUGUUUUUUCCUUUUUAUAAAUGCAUAUUUUUUGGAAUGAAAAAUAAAUAAAACUUAUUAAAUGUUUAUGAUAAAAAGCGUAAAUUUUAAGACAAACAUUAAUCAACAAUUUAAAAAGCAAGCAAUUAUAUUUAUUAAAAAAGAGUGGACAAACCUUUUAGUCUUGUCCUUUUUUGGGUUUUCUGACUGUUACCGAAUAUAAAAGAACUUAUUAUUAUAAUGGAAAUAAAAGUGUAAAGAAUGUCAAAUCUCAUUUUAUUCAAUACCGUAACGCUAACAUUCAUAUAAAAUCCUCUCAAUAAUUAUGUCGUUAUUAUAUUAAAUUUAUUUCCAAUUAAUAAUACUUACAUAAUAAAGAUUACAUUUACUUACAUAAAAGCAUAUUUGUUUGAUCAGAUUUAAUGGAUUCCAUGUCUGUUGAAGUAAAACCCUUCUCCCUAGCAUUGCUUUUAAGAAAUCCAUUUAAUGCAAGAAUUUUAGUUUGCACGACUAUUGAGCACAAAUUUACAUGCUGUUUGUGGUGCAGUUAUAGGGCAUUGUUAUAUUGUGCUCAUUGAAGUCUGCAUUACAUGAUGACAGUAGCUGUUUCUUAUAUAUGUUGAAGAAUUUGAGCACAACCUUGGGUCUUUGAUGCACGAUUUAUUAAUGUAGAUCAGAGCCAUAUAUUGGAACUUUGAGGUUUGGGGAUAUGAAAAGUGUUCUUUUUCAAAAUAUUUUUUACAAACGGCCAAUAAGAUUGGAUUAUAAAAUGAUAAUUUUGAAAUAAUGAUCUAUUUGGACUUUUUAUUCACACCAUCAGGGAGGAGCGCUGCACCUUCACCAACUGUGUCUCUGUGGGCGUCCUUGUUAACCCCCCUUUGUUGGGAUCUGUUGCCGCCGAUGAUGUCAUAAAAGCUGAUGCGGUGUUUAUGAACAUCACAGGCGUCACAGAUAUCAAAGAGCAUCCUGAUUGGCCGUCUAACUUCACGCUACUGACCCUGGAACAUGAAACUGACGGUCAGUGGUUGGACCAAUGAACUGGUGUAUUCUGGCCAGGGCUCAGAUGUGUGGAGACUGAGUCAUGACUUGGCCCUUAAUUCAAGGGGCUGUUAUCCAGUUUAAGUUGUAGUUACUAUUCUAGUGUCUCUGGUUUUUCAUUUUUAUUUUACUUUAGCAGUUUAAAUAGUUUACAUAUUUUUAAUAAUUGUAAAGCGAUUAGAGCUGUAAGGUAAGCGUUAUACAAAAAUGCCUAAAUAAAUAAGAGCUUAUGAAAGCUAGUUUGUGUUACCUUUUCUUAGACUAGUUUUUUUUUUUUUUUUAAACAAUGAAUAAAUGAGAAAUGAAAGGACUGAUUUGUUAUCUUGACAGUGAAGUACAUUCUGAAGCACACUGCACAUGGAUGGACCUACAGAGGGACCAAUUACACCAUCAAACCAGCUUACUAUGUAUGUCAUCAACAUUUUUUAUUAUUGAAUGUAAUUUAACUGUCUGUGAGAAGUAUUUUUCUGACAAACUGAAUAAAAAAAAAACAACUAACAAUUAAACAACAACCCUUGAAAACAAAGUUUUUCGUAGUAAUAAAAUUUAAUAUUGAGCAAUGGGGGUGGGAGUGGGGGGUGGGGGCUGAAAAAUGUAACAAAUCAUGCAUUCGAUUAAUGCACUUGAUAACAAUCACACUUUAAUAAGAAUCCCAAUGAGAGCUCUCUUUUGUGGAAUCAGCGCGGCAUCUGGUGGCGUUAAAUCUGAUUAUAGGGGGUUGGGGGUGGGGCUGGAAAAUUGAUGGAAUGUGUUAUCAGUAAAAAAAGUAUUGGCAAGUUUUAGCUUGAUAGGAUGACUGGAAAUGGGUCUAUUAGUCUUCCAAUUUUGUCCAAAAAACCCAUAGAGGAACACAUAAACAAAAGUGAAAUAGUAUAAAGGAUUUUAAAAAAGAGAGUGAGAGAGAAAGAAAGAAACAUGAAACGGCUGUAAAUAUGAAUGUAGAAUUUCCCCCCCCCCCCCUUUUUAAAAACAAAAGUGAAAUGGAAAAAAGGAUUUAAAAAAAGAGAGUGAGAAAGAAAGAAAGAAACAUGAAACGGCUGUAAAAAUGAAUGAAGAAUUCCCCCCCCCCCCUUUUUAUUCCAGACAAGUGACAUGAAACUUCCUCACGGUAUUGUUGUCCCUGAAGUCAUCAUGUUGUCAGGCUUCCCCAAUGAGUACAGUGAUGGGGAUGUUCAGCAGGCCGUGACGGGAAGACUCAACAUAUCAGAUAAAGCGUCCGUACCUGUAAGUUCAGCAGUACUGCUAGUUGUUAUAGCCCCUUAGUUCAGCAGUACCGCUCGUUGUUAUUAGCCCCUUAGUUCAGCAGUACCGCUUGUUGUUAUAGCCCCUUAGUUCAGCUGUACCGCUUGUUGUUAUAGCCCCUUAGUUCAGCAGUGCUGCUUGUUGUUAUAGCCCCUUAGUUCAGCUGUAACGCUUGUUGUUAUAGCCCCUUAGUUCAGCAGUGCCGCUUGUUGUUAUAGCCCCUUAGUUUAGCUGUACCGCUUGUUGUUAUAUCCCUGUAGUUCAGCUGUACCGUUUGUUGUUAUAGCCCCUUAGUUUAGCUGUACCGAUUGUUGUUAUAGACCCUUAGUUCAGCAGUACCACUUGUUGUUAAGGCCCCUUGCAAACUUUGCGAUUCACUAAAACCGUGUGACAGCUGUAUCUGACACUGUUCACAUCCCUUUGGAACAACACAUCAGCACACGCGAGGGUCAAUAACACAGCAGCACACCGGAGGGUCAAUAACACAGCAGCACACCCGAGGGUCAAUAACACAGCAGCACACCCGAAGGUCAAUAACACAGCAGCACACCCGAGGAUCAAUAACACAGCAGCACACCGGGGGGUCAAUAACACAGCGGCACACCCAAGGGGUGGGGGCCCAGUGCUUGGGAAUGGUUCAGUUGUAAUGCUGCAGUGUCACCAUUAAAACUGUAACUCACUGUCUAAUUUUAACAUUUCAGGUCAAACUUCACAAGGACAAAGGGAUGGCCCUCCUCUACAUCUCCCAGAAAACCCACUAUGACCAGCUCUCUGGGGUGAGCUGACCACCAUUUUUGUUAAAAGGAUAGAAAAUAAUGCCAAGGAUCGUUGCAUUGAUCUUUUAAACAAGCUAACAGUAAUAAUUUAAUAAUAACUGUACAAUGGUUUCCUGAUCAUCAAUAUACAGCAUUGUAACAGACUGUGCCAUUAUCAGUGAUGUUACAUUGUAACAGACCGUGCCAGUACCAGUGUUGUUACAUUGUAACAGACCGUGCCAUUACCAGUGUUGUUACAUUGUAACAGACCAUGCCAUUGUCAGUGUUGUUACAUUGUAACAGACCGUGCCAUUACCAGUGUUGUUACAUUGUAACAGACCAUGCCAAUACCAGUGUUGUUCAUCGUUACUUUCCAUACAGGAUUAGUCGAAAUAUCUUAGAUUAUAUUUGUAUUUUUUUUAGGAUAAAAACUUUACCAUUGAGCACAAAGUCCAGAGAUUGUCUCCAGUAAAGCUUGUGUGGGAUCUCAGAUUUGUAAGUCCUUUAUGCCCUAUAAAUAUUAUAAAUUUACAAUAUGACUGUUUUUCCUCUUUUCAAGUCACAUGAUCAAAAAAAGAUAUAAUGAUGCCAGUAACACCUUCAUUGACAAUGUAUGAAUAUCUAUCCAUCUCAGACCACUCUAAAAUGCCACCUGUGUAUAUUUCAGGCUGUGAAAGAUGAUGUUGUGGCGUCCAAUAGAUUUGAAGAUAACGAGGUAAACACAUGGAUUGGAAUGUCUUUAUUUAGUAAAAGUAAUGUUCUCCUUAGGCAUGAAGGUUGUGUCGAUGAUUAUCAUACUUUUUCGUGGCUAAUACAGUGUAGGUUUUUUAGUAGCACACCAAGCUCAUAGGAUUUGAUGCGAUCAACCGUAAUGACAUUUCAUGUUGAGAAUCACUUCUGUAUGUUAAUGAUUUACUUGUUAAAAAAAUCAUCUACUUACUGCUUGUGAGUUGUUGUUUUUUAACUUGAAGACCGACACCAGAGCUGGACAAAAUACAGUUGAGUCCUGCUAUUAUGCACUACACUAUAACUAGAAUUCGGAUAUAACUGGUUCAUGGCAUGGCUCCCGUAAUUUCAUAUUGAUUGAUUGAUUGUAUAGCGCUUGUAUCAAUUCUAUUUUACCAUGCUCACAUUAUAUGUAAUAGUAACUAACAAUAUGCAAUAAUAACACAAUAUUUAAUAGUGACACAAUAUGUAAUAGUAACAAUAUGUAAUAGUAACACAAAAUGUAAUAGUAACACAGUGUUUUGUUUAAUUUUUAAAAAAUCAACCCUCAGGAACUGCGAUACUCUUUGAGGUCACUGGAGCAGUUCGCCCCAUGGGUCAGACAUGUUUACAUUGUGACCAACGGUCAGAUACCAUACUGGCUGAACCUGGAUUGCCCGAGAGUGACCGUUAUCACUCAUGAUGUAAGCUGUUUGUUUUUUUUGUUGUGUAUUUCAUUUCCAAGUCUGAAACUUGGGACCAUUGUUUUGAACAGAGAUGGAAUUCUAAAUAUUUUAGCAAUGUCAACAAAUGUGGGGAAAAAAAACUGCAUGUUUUAAUUACAACCAUUUUAUAGAGUUAUGUAAAAAAAUAAAAAAUGUAUUUGUAAAUUUAAAAAAAAAUCUUAAUUUUGACUAUUCAGGAAAUAUUUGAAAAUAUAAGUCACCUGCCAACGUUCAGCUCCCCGGCCAUUGAGGCAAACAUUCACAAAAUUCCUGGCCUGUCUGACAAGUUUCUAUAUCUGAAUGAUGACGUCAUGUUCGGAAGUCCUGUCUGGCCUGAUGAUUUUUACACGCAUUCAACUGGGCAGAAGGUUGGUCAGAUAUUUCUCUGUGUGAGUCCCAUGAUGGCUUUUAGAACUAAAAAAAUUGGUGUGGAUUUGGCUGAUGUGACAGUGGUGAUAAGUUCACACUUGUAGUUUACUCAACAUAUUAGUUAUUGACCAGUCCAAGCAUUUUAUAAUAUGAUUACAAUAAUGCAUUGAAUAUUAAUCUAAAUAAAUGGUUGACUUUAGUUUCUUGUUUGAAAUAUGUCCUUAACGAAAUUGCCAUACAUUUUAAAUUGAAUAUUUAUUGUGGUCUGUUUGUAUAAAGUGUAUGAAAGAAGUCGAAUGCGUCAGCAAUCAUUCUGAAACAUUUUCUUUAAACAAAACUUAUUUUUAAAAUGGUUCAAAAGUAUCUAUUUCCACAUCCUAUAUGAUAAAUCACUGAUUUAAUUUUAUCCAUUGGGUCUCCUCAUCCUAUAUGAUAAAUCACUGAUUUAAUUUUAUCCAUUGGGCCUCUCCUCAUCCUAUAUGAUAAAUCACUGAUUUAAUUUUAUCCAUUGGGCCUCUCCUCAUCCUAUAUGAUAAAUCACUGAUUUAAUUUUAUCCAUUGGGCCUCUCCUCAUCCUAUAUGAUAAAUCACUGAUUUAAUUUUAUCCAUUGGGCCUCUCCUCAUCCUAUAUGAUAAAUCACUGAUUUAAUUUUAUCCAUUGGGCCUCUCCUCAUCCUAUAUGAUAAAUCACUGAUUUAAUUUUAUCCAUUGGGCCUCUCCUCAUCCUAUAUGAUAAAUCACUGAUUUAAUUUUAUCCAUUGGGCCUCUCUCAAUAUUUUGUUUUAAAGGAACUUGCAGCAUAAAUAUGCAGGAGGUAUUUAUAAAGUAAAGUGUUGCCGGGUUCCCUUAAGUAAAUAAAAUAUUUCUUCCAUAGAUUAUUUAGCCAAGACUAAUUUACAGUGUAGGCUUAAAAAACAACAACCUAUAUUUAAAAGCUAGUGUAGGGUAUAGGCUGAAUAGAACUCAAACAGAUAUGAACAUCUAUUUCUUUUGAUAAUAUUCCUAAUUUUAGUCUUUCAGUGCUGUCAAGGGUAUGAGAAUCACUGUUGUUAUGUGUAGAUCACUGUUGACAUGUUUGGUGGGGAAAAGAUGUUUAGUUAAUAGAUUUUAUGUGCAGCUGUAUCGAUGAUGUUAGAGUGUUGUGACGUAUUUGGGUAAAGGGAAAUGGUGCAAGAGUUUUAGUUGUUGUGGAUAGAAUGCAUAGAUGGCCGUUGUGUGAUAUUCACGGUGUGGCUUGUUUUUGUGUGUGGAGGAUUCGGCUGGAUAUAUCGUUGAAGUAGAAUGUUGAUUAGUUUACGAGUUGGAUUGUUGGUGUACAUUGAUAUUCAGUGUUUGCUGUGGUGAUGUCGGUUGCACUCGUCUGUGUGAAGAAGUAAGAGACUAGGAUGUCCCACUUGUGAGCGUCUGAUGUCGGUUGCACUGGUCUGUGUGAAGAAGUAAGAGACUAGGAUGUCCCACGGGUGAGCGUCUGAUGUCGUUGCACUGGUCUGUGUGAAGAAGUAAGAGACUAGGAUGUCCCACGGGUGAGCGUCUGAUGUCGGUUGCACUGGUCUGUGUGAAGAAGUAAGAGACUAGGAUGUCCCACGGGUGAGCGUCUGAUGUCGGUUGCACUGGUCUGUGUGAAGAAGUAAGAGACUAGGAUGUCCCACGGGUGAGCGUCUGGCUUGGAAGUGUGGAUGAGCACAGGACACUAAGAUCUACAGUUCGACAAGUGCUGUGAAUCCUAAUUUUCAACAUUUUUUUAGAAUAUUCUGUUUCUCAGUGGUUCUCAGAGGCAUUAGAUAAUAAAUUUUUUAUCAAAUUAAAAAAUAAGAAAAAUUGACAUUGACUGCUUCUACAUAAUAAGAUCUUUACAUAUAUGAUUGACAGUUGUACCUGACCUGGCCAGUGCCCAACUGUAACGAAGGUUGUCCAUCAACUUGGAUUAGAGACGGCUACUGUGACAAGGCAUGCAACUCUUCAGAAUGUGACUGGGAUGGCGGGGAUUGUUUGUGUAAGUAGAGGCGGUAUUUAAAGUUGGCAUCUUGGGAUGGCGGAGAUUGUUUGUGUAAGUUAUGAGAUCACAUAAGAAUUUUUAAAGAAGAGGAUUGUGGUAUUGAACUGAUGACCAGUGAGUGUAACCAAGCAACUUCUGCAUUUAAUAUUGAUUUCAUUUAGGGGCAAUGUUGGUAGCUUGUUUGCCUCAUAACAGGGUUGAAGCCGUUUUUUUUGCAAGGCUCUCCUCCAGUAUUUCUUGGAGCUUAAAAACCCACCCCCGCUGAGCUUAGGAAGCUUACCAUGACAAUUGCAGCUUACCAUGACAAUUGCAGCUUACCAUGACAAUUGCAGCUUACCAUGACAAUUGCAGCUUGUUGAGCUUAGGAAGCCUACCAUGACAAUUGCAGCUUACCAUGACAAUUGCAGCUUACCAUGACAAUUGCAGCUUGUUGAGCUUAGGAAGCCUACCAUGACAAUUGCAGCUUGUUGAGCUUAGGAAGCCUACCAUGACAAUUGCAGCUUGUUGAGCUUAGGAAGCCUACCAUGACAAUUGCAGCUUACCAUGACAAUUGCAGCUUACCAUGACAAUUGCAGCUUACCAUGACAAUUGCAGCUUACCAUGACAAUUGCAGCUUGUUGAUGUACUUGGCCAUCUGGCCAGAAAACAUGUUUAAAAUGCUUAACAUUACUAAAGAAACAGUCAUUUCUACUGGAAACAUUGGAACAAGAAAAAAAAAAAACAAAGCAUUCUUUACAUUCUUAACUUGUCUGCAAAAGUUUAGUUUACUAGGACAGACAACUAAAAGACUGAGUGUGUAGACUCGUCAAUUAUAUGUUACAUCUAGCAUUCAUUUCAUAAUAAUUUUAUCUAUUUGUAAAAAAUAAAAAAAAUAAAAAUAAAUAAAACCUUUUCAUUGCUUAAAAUAGUCUAACCCAGUUUAUUUUCUCUGACCAUCAACUCUGGCCUCUCAAUGCCUCAUGCAUACAGAAACAAUAACAAACUUCCUUUCUGUCUUCAGCUUCUAAUGGCCGUGUACAGUUGGGAGCAGGCUUCCAUGAUCAAGGACCACGUCUGACGGAUUACACGUGUAAGUCUAGUCUUACUUGAUCUGACCACACAUGCGCUUAUAUAUAGUCAAGCUUCACUUCUUGAGGAAGCCAAAUUCACAUGACUAGGACAAGAUGUAGGGUCUGAGAGUAUAUUGACACACUGAACCAUUUCAAUUCUCCCUUUAUAUUUGAUAAGUGUGUUCUAUUCAACAUGGCUGGAAAUUGGGGGGUUGCUUUUCACAGAAGAGAUGACGCAGGAUUGUGUACAAAGUAAUUGUUAAAACCUAUCUUUCCCCAGCUUACUGUAACACAGGGUGUGCCAAUAACUGGUUGGCUGACAAGUACUGUGACCAGGUAAAGAUCUAAAAUGUGACAAUAUAAGCUUACAUUUAUUGCCUGACAAUACAAGCUUAGAUUCAUUUUGUGACAAUGCAAGCUUAAAUUGAUUGUCUGCCUAAAAACAAGCUUACAUUUAUUGUCUUUUAAAACAAGUUUACAUUUAUUGUCUGCCAAAACAAGUUUACAUUUAUUGUCUGCCAAAACAAGUUUACAUUUAUUGCCUGACAAAACAAGUUUACAUUUAUUGUCUGCCAAAACAAGUUUACAUUUAUUGCCUGACAAAACAAGUUUACAUUUAUUGCCUGACAAAACAAGUUUACAUUUAUUGCCUGACAAAACAAGUUUACAUUUAUUGCCUGACAAAACAAGUUUACAUUUAUUGCCUGACAAAACAAGUUUACAUUUAUUGCCUGACAAAACAAGUUUACAUUUAUUGCCUGACAAAACAAGUUUACAUUUAUUGCCUGACAAAACAAGUUUACAUUUAUUGUCUGCCAAAACAAGUUUACAUUUAUUGCCUGACAAAACAAGUUUACAUUUAUUGUCUGCCAAAACAAGUUUACAUUUAUUGCCUGACAAAACAAGUUUACAUUUAUUGUCUGCCAAAACAAGUUUACAUUUAUUGUCUGCCAAAACAAGUUUACAUUUAUUGCCUGACAAAACAAGCUUACAUUUAUUGCCUGACAAAACAAGUUUACAUUUAUUGUCUGACAAAACAAGUUUACAUUUAUUGUCUGCCAAAACAAGUUUACAUUUAUUGUCUGCCAAAACAAGUUUACAUUUAUUGCCUGACAAAACAAGUUUACAUUUAUUGCCUGAAAAAAGAAAAGCUUACAUUUAUUGUCUGCCUAAAAACAAGCUUACAUUUAUUAUCUUUCAUUUAUGAUUGUAGUGAAUGAAAUAAUGUUAAUUGAGCUAAAGAAUGGAAUAUUCAAAAAGCAGGAAUGAACCCUCUAAAUGACAGGAGGUAGAACAUGUGACAUUUAUCUCUUUUAUUUUGUUACACUUUAAUCCAUAAAUGUUGGGCCUACAUUUUAUAAAACUUCUAAGAAAAAGUAUCAAAAGCUAUUCACAAGCCUAAAAGGAGAGUAUUUAAAAAAAGAUAUUGUAUUGAACCGGUAACCAAUCCCCACGUAAAAUACGGGGCAAUAUUUAAUCAAGAAGGAAACCAUGUAUGAUAUCACAUUCAAAGAGAAAAUACAUUUAGAAUAAUUUCCCCCUCUGCAGAUCGGACCAUAUAAAAUUGUGACAUAAGUCGUAAGUCUGACUGCGCUAAAUCCUUUCAUGUUAAUCUAAAGGACCAGACAUCUGAUGAUAGAAGUCUAUUGUGAGUAAUUGUAAUGAGAUUAGUGAAUUACUAUUUCAAAAGCUGUUUUAUGACAUUAUUUCUCCGCUCCAGGCGUGCAAUAACCUCCAGUGCGGCUUUGACAUUGGAGAUUGCGGUGUCAGUAACUACAACAAACUGUAUGGCCUUGACCUUCACUCAGACAAAUUGCACUACAGGCUCCCACCAGGUACAGUCGGCUUGAAUUUUUAUUCUAAGUAGUCAGAAAAACGGACCCUCUAAAUAGACCCUCGAAAUAGACCAUCCUAAAGAUCUUCUAAAAAUUUACUGUAAUGGUUCCAACAGGGGUCAUGGGAAGCUGAAAAGUUUAAGUGAAAUGUUCUAAUAGGAAACGAUUUAAUCAAUUACAUGUAUAAAUAUAGUAUGAGACUUGAUACCAGGAUGCCGUAUAGAUCACUAUCUCUUAUAUUAGAUGACAAUGUCUAUCAGUUUAUCAAAAGGCUGCCAUAAUUUGACACCCACAUCCCAAUUUUAAAAAAAAAUUUGUGUGGGGGAAAAACAACAACAUCCAUUGUAAUCUAUCCAUUCUUGUGGCUCUAAGACAGGCCUGCGCAACAUAUGGCGCACAGGCCACAUGCGGCCCGCCCACACCCACUUUGUGGCCUGCGAAGUAACGAAAUAAUCUUUAUUCUUAUUAUUUUCUUAAUAUCUUUCUCCCUGACCUGUUCUCUUUUGGCCCACACAAGUCCUGUCUUAUUUUCUUUUGGCCCACACAAGUCCUGUCUUAUUUUCUUUUGGCCCGCACACGUUUUUCAUAAAGUAUUACGGCCCUCCUUACAUUUUGAGUUGUGCAGACCUGCUCUAAGAGAUUGAAAAAUUGUUGUUUAGGGCCAUUUUUUAGAAAUGUAAAUCAUAAUAAUAUAUUAAUAAGUUUUUAAAAAAAAGAGCUCUCAACAUAGAGCUACAUAAACUUCAUUGAGAUUUUCUAACACAUAAGUUUUGACAUUUUUGGUUUCUAAUUAUCUGUUGUUUCUUGUUUUGUCUUGUCUGCUGAAGAAGGCAUCUUGCCGAUAUGUCCAUUUUAAUAUUUAUUGUCCUAUAUUUUAAUUUCAAGCCUAAACAUAUCUUGUUCCACUAUUUCCAAUUCCCCGUGGCUUGAACACUGUCCCUCAUUUAUUAUGCUUUACACAUUUUUCUCCCUGGUUCUGUUAUUGUUUAAAUUAGUUUUUACCACAGCCUGUGCUAAUAUUUCUCACAGGUGAAUUGAUUGGGUACUUCAACCUCUCUGGCAUUCUCACCAACAAGGCCAGGGUGACCUCUGCCAGCUACGGUCCCGAGAAAGUCAUCAGGGCCGUUGCAGUGGCCAACAAGUUCAAGGUGCUGACCGUUGUGCUCAACAAAGAUCACAACGCCACGACCUUGGUGUUUGACCUUGAGUACAAAUUGGGAACAAACGAAACGAGCAAGGUGAGCUUACCUGCUGGUUUUAAAAAUCUAGAGAUUUUGUCAAGCUUUAAUGGGACACCACCCACAAAAAAAAAAAAAAAAAAUUCGAAGGAAACACAAUUAUAAAAUUUAAAUAAAGGCAGACAAAAGGAAAAAGAAAAAAGAACAAGGUGCUGACCGUUGUGCUAAACAAAGAUCACAACGCCACGACCUUGGUGUUUGACCUUGAGGACAAAUUGGGAACAAACGAAACGAGCAAGGUGAGCUUACCUGCUGGUUUUAAAAAUCUAGAGAUUUUGUCAAGCUUUAAUGGGACACCACCCACAAAAAAAAAAAAAAAAAUUCGAAGGAAACACAAUUAUGAAAUUUAAAUAAAGGCAGACAAGAGGACACAGUAAAAGUGGAGCUCUUAUGGAUUUUGACCAAAUAAGGUGCCAAAUUAUUCCUGGAGGCAUUUCAAAACUUUUUUCUUCGUUUAAAACCUAAAUUUGUAAGCUUAUCUGGCAUUGUAUAAAUGUUGAAGUGCUACUGAUUUUUAUUGUUGCCAGAUAGGGUAUACAUUCCAAUAAUAUCUCCAAAGAAAACAGAGUGCUACUGAUUUGGUAUUUAAAAAAAAGUAACAUGCUGAACGUGAACCGGGUAGACUGUAUCCAUACUGAACGUGAACCAGAUAGACUGUAUCCAUACUGAACGUGAACCAGGUAGACUGUGUCCAUACUGAACGUGGACCAGGUAGACUGUUUCAGACAAAUGACAAAAUACUGAAGUUAAUAAAACUCAUGAGCUUCUUUUUUGUCAGAUCAACUUCACCCUCCAAGUGGACACAUCUGUGGCCAGGCCUGAGCCGACUUCCAACAUCAGCAAGUCCGAGAAUGUAACGUCAGCUCUACCUGUUCAAGUGGAGGACGUCCUGGAUGCUGAGGCAUUCAAGGAAUACACAGGAGUCCCAGGGUAGGUGCUGGUCAGGGAGGGGGUCAGCCUAGUGUUCAGUGGUGAUCACUCAAAUAUCAAGUUCAUUUUUUUGUUCCAUUCAAAUUUACAUGAUUUAGGAUGAAAGAAAUAGUAAUUUUUGUCAUAAGUUUAAAAAAAAUAGACGUCAUGUGACUUUGACCAUUAAAAAAAAAAAAAAAAAAAAAAGAAGUCGUGUGACUUGCCCAUUUAAAAGUCAUGUGACUUCGACCAUUUAAAAAAAAGUUAUAUCCAUUAUAUUAUUUAGAGACCCAGUUAUUUCCCAUGAUGUACCACCUGUUGAAUUGGAGGAUCCACCUUUGCUGACCAUUGAUGUAGACAUACUGGACCUGUACAGAUAUUUGAACAUGUCCAAGCAGUUGAAAGAAAAGCUGACCAUUAUUGACCACGCCAACAGAGAAGGCAAGCUACUCUUUUCUAUCACAUUAGCACUCCAAGGGAGGGAAGUUGUAGGGUAAAGAAGAGGACAUUUCACUCCUUAAAAGCGGGAAGUUGUUGGGUAAAGUAGAGGACAUUUCACUCCUCAACAGAGGAAAAAAUUAUGUUUGCUAUUUUUUUUAUCCAGUUCCUUACUUAAAUUUAGUAUGAGCCAGAUAGUUCAGACAGACGACUUUUUAAUCCCAUGCCAGGUUGGCUUCAGUGGUUGAGUUUUUUAAAAACUAAAUUGCUACGUUUUCCCCCAAGAAUUGCUGCAUCAAGUUAUGAGACUUCUUCACACAUCAUUGCGAUUGACACAUUUGACAUACGGAGUGUCAUGUAACUUUUACAUAAUUUGUACAUUUUUGUAUUGGCUUGUCUGAAGCUUGAUCUCACUGAAGCUAGAAGCAAUCUGAAGCUUGAUCUCACUGAAGCUAGAAGCAAUCUGAAGCUUGAUCUCACUGAAGCUAGGGUAAUAAGGGGAGAGACUGCAAUCAGGUUAGCACAAUAUAAAAUGAGUAAAACAGAGUAGGGUUAAACCUGAAAAAAUAAACGCAACAAAACAAUGAACAUGUCGGCAGAAAGCCUUCAUCAGCGAACAAAACAAAAGAAAAAACGGUACAAAAAUGAAAAUAAGAAAUAGCACUUAGCUGCGAAGUAGUAUCCGUGGGCAGCAAAAGCAUUUCUGGUGACAGUUGUGACAGUGACACUUGUGACAGUGACACUUGUGACAGUGAUAGUUAUGGCGGUGACAUUUAUGUAUUUAUGUGUUUUCAGGUGAACUGACAGAAACUGGCCUUAAGGUUCGAUUCUACGACACACUUCAACAACAUGGGGCAGAGCUGGAGAGCUUACAACCCAUGUUCCGAGAGCAAAGACUGAAACUGGAAAUCCAGAAAGCGGAGGACGCAGAGAAGAGAAAAUUUCAAAACCUAACGGAGUCUCCGAAACAAUCGCUCGGUGCGAAGAAGGGACAUUACAGCAACAGAGACCCUCUUCUGGAGUUAAAUGUAAAUCAGGGGAGGAAACCGCAGCGAUUGAGCAGACGUGAGAGACUUCAACAGUUGCAGGAUAGAGGGGUCGGGUUUGGCCAACAAGAUUUUGAUGGUCAGGGUCAGUACGGGCUGAAAAGAUCUUUCAGCUCAGAUUCUCAAAAUGCUGAUAGGGUUAACGAAGGAGAGAAGGACCAAACAGAAAGUCCUUUACAAGCAGAACAGCACAAGUCACUCCACGUUGAAGAGGGUUCACCCCAGCAUGGAUCACCUCCUGCGGGGAGUGCGCUAAAGACAGGGCAUAUUGCACAGGAGUCACCUCCCCCUGCAGGAAGUGUGCAGGACUCUAUGAGAGCCAAUAGCCGCACCAUUGUCAAUGCCCCGUCCAAAAUGGGCGGUUACAAUGCCAAGGAGAUUUAUGACAAAGCCAAGGCUGCCAAGCAGAUGGAGGAACAGCCUGACACAGAUACUGGUUUGAGAGUGGAUCAGCUUAGAAUACCAGCUUCCAACAAAUUAGGCACGCUACACAACAACAACAGUAUCGCUGGGAAAACCCAAGGUUAUGUUGGUGGCAACGAUAAUGAUGACAAUGUCCAGCGUGGGGGCGGACGUAAACUCCUAGCCAUUUUGUACUGGUCCCAGAUGGAGGAACAACGUGAAAAAAACAAAUUUCUGAUGAAAGAUGACAGUCUUGGAGAGCAGGUUCGUUAUUUCAUCUGUUGGUAUGUUACCUGUUUGUUAUGUUAUCUGUUUGUAUUUUAUCUGUUACUUAUGUUAUCUGUUUCAAACCUGUUUACUCUUACGAUUUUGGCGUUCAAUGAAUGAUUUUGAGGUGUAUGCAUUAUAUAUACUGUAUGUUUAUUUUUUUUUACUAUUAAGAUAAUGUAUUGAACGAUUUUGUGAAGAUAUUGUACGAUUUUAAGAGUUUAAGGGUAAACAGGUCUGCUGUUUGUAUGUUAUCUCAUCCGAUAGUGGCAAAAUAUCGAUACCGCGUGUUCGCCUUGAGACUUACAGAAAACGCACUUUCGCAUUUGCUGGCCCAACAAUUAGGAACGCCCUUCCUGUCACUCUCAGAAACAGCCAGACACUGGAGUCCUUUAAAACCGAUUUAAGAACACAUCUAUUUCGCAAACACCUUCUUGGCUGAUGUUUGCCUAUCAUCAUUUUCCAAUUAAUGUAUAUUGGCUUGUGUUGCUUUUGGUUGAAAUGGAUGAAAGACUUUGACUUGGUAUGCUGGUAUGUAGUUUUUAUAUUGUUGGGUUUGUUUUUAACCCUCGAACUGUGGCAUGCAUCAUUCUGUGGUGUGGAGCUUUUCAGAGCUUUUUGAGUGCCUUUUGAAAUUGCAUUAAAUGACAUAGAAAUAUUGAAGCAAGACCCCAAUAAUUAUAUAUUUUUAGAUCGGUAAAUGGAUGGGGAUAAAGUUGGCCAUAUUGCCCACCCUGUAAAAAAAAUUUUGCUCAAUGUCCUUGACCUUCGAGUUCUCAAGAAAAUAAAAAUCGACAAAAUGUCUUGCUUUCAAGUGCUCAUAACAUCAUUAAUUUUUAUAGAUACACUUAAAACACAAAUCUAAAUGUUGUAGCCAAUUCAUUUAUCUUUCAGAAAAUGUAUAGCUUGCUGAGGUUUUUAUUGCAAAUAAAUGUCUGAAAGCAAUUUAGUAAUUUUAGGUCACUUAUAUAAGAAACUGGGUGCUGGGUGGCCGAGUGGUCUAAACUGAGCAAAUCUCAAGUUGGUGGUCUGGAGUUCUAUUCCAGCUAGAGCAAAAACACCACCAGCACCCCGGGUAGAUGGGACCCGUUAACCUUGGACGGCAACUCAUCUAAGAGAAGGAAACUCUGAAAUCAAACCCGGAGAUGGAGUCCCGAAAGGCGGAUAACAUUGAUACAAUGAAACAUUCCGACAACUCCUGCGACGUCACUGGUGCCAAGCUGUAUCAUCCAAUGAUGUUCCCUUGGGUUACCCAGCGGCGUGGAGAGAAAACAUUGAUACAAUGAAACAUUCCGACAACUCCUGCGACGUCACUGGUGCCAAGCUGUAUCAUCCAAUGAUGUUCCCUUGGGUUACCCAGCGGCGUGGAGAGAGGCGAUUUGCUGUUGGGAACCAGCUUAUAAUCCUUCAAGUAUAAUAAUCCCAGGCUAUGUGGAUUCCGUCCUACGAAGCCCACUCCAUCGUCACAUUGUGACGGACGGAUGCCAGCAAAAAAUAUAAGAAACUGGGACCACUGUUAAAACCAAGUACAAAAUCUCAGGCAAAAUAGUUGUCAUUGACUAGUAAACAUUUAAAAAGGAACUGUGGAACUGAUUUGGGUAGUUAAACUAUAAAAUUUAUUAGUUCUGAUCUAUAAUCUGUAGCUUCUGUGACUAAAAUUCAGUCAGUCCUUGCCCAACCUCUGGGCCUGGCUCGAGGUCAAACAGUAGCCUCAGUAGGCCUUCUUCAGUAUCACUAAGACUAGUAUCAGAUUCAAGAAAAGAAGAAUCUGAAGUGAAAUGUCAUGGGGAAUGUUAAAAUCAUCAUCAGUAUCACUUAAAUCCUCUCCUAAAAAGCUUUUUUAUCGGCUGAUUUUUUUUGUCCGCCACAGCACAGAACGAGAAUAUCGGCUGAUUUCGUCGGCCGACCAUAGUUCGAGGGUUAAAUGUGGUAAAUUGUUGAUUGUUUUUAUUUCUCUUUUUUUUUUAAUAUGGUGGACUUUGUACCGCCCUUCGAGCUUUUGGGGAUGAAGAGUGUUUUUCAAAUAAACUCUAUUAUUAUUGUUAUUAUUAUUAUUAUCUGUUUGUUAUGUCCUCUUUUUGUUAUGCUAUCUGUUUGUGUCAUCUGUUUGUUACAUCAUCUGUUUGUGGGAACAUCUACGGCUACAUUCACUGACAACCAUUUAUAGCAGUGUUUCCCAAAGCAUGAGGUUGCUGGUCCUCAUAACAUGAGCCAAGAAACUGGAAAAAUAAGUUUAAUUAAUUGUUUCCUCUAUUUAGUUCAGUUUCAGAGCCGCUUUAAAAACAAAGACAAGACUGACUUGGGCAUAGAACAUGACAUCUGCCCUUUCUGACAUCCACCCUUUCUGACAUCCGCCCUUUCUGAGAUCCGCCCUUUCUGACAUCCGCCCUUUCUGACAUCCGCCCUUUCUGACAUCUGCCCGUUCUGAUGAUGUUUGAUCUUGAAAUAUUUGUUUUACAUUCCCGUUAAAACUUAAGCUACAAAAAAAUAUUUUUAAAAAAUUGCUAUUGAAAUUUUUUUAUUUUGAAAAAGCCAUACCAAAAAAACAACAACAACUUAUAAUGACUAGCAUCAAGUGGUAAUACAGCAGCUAACAGACUCCUAUCAAAUUUGCUGAUCACCGGUAAAAAAAUGUUUUAUGAUAUUUUCUAUGGCAAAGAAACUAAAUGAAUAAAUCUGACACCGUUUACCGCUGCAAUAAGAAACAUUCUACUGAUCCGCCAAACAAGUUCGGGAGGCACUGAUUUAUAGAAACUAAAUUAUUUUUAAAAAAAAACUAUUGCUGCUAAUAAAUAAGGUCAUUGUAUGUUUUGUUGUACGGUGCUAUGAUUUUAUUUUCAUUUGACUGAUGCUCUAUGAUUAGAUGACUGAUGAGGAGUUCCUGAGACUUGUAAAUGUUGAUGUGGCUGGUGAGAAUGUCGGUGGUUUCCCAUGGGAGAGGAAAGACAUUCAGGAAGAUGAAGAGGUAUACGAAAAUAAACGUAACCUAAAAAUAAGCUGAGAUUGUCUUUAGUUUUUUUUUAUAGUUUUAGCCUGCUUACUUUAGGUUUAGCCUGCUUACUUUAGGUUUAGCCUGCUUACUUUAGGUUUAGCCUGCUUACUUUAGGUUUAGCCUGCUUACUUUAGGUUUAGCCUGCUUACUUUAGGUUUAGCCUGCUUACUUUAGGUUUAGCCUGCUUACUUUAGGUUUAGCCUGCUUACUUUAGGUUUAGCCUGCUUACUUUAGGUUUAGCCUGCUUACUUUAGGUUUAGCCUGCUUACUUUAGGUUUAUGAAAUAUUGCGUGUGCAUGGCUGAGAGAUGGCUUGGUACAUGCUUGUAGAAUGCCAGACAUUACUGAGAUGGGCUACCCAGGACAUAGCUGAGAUGGACUACCCAGGACAUUGCUGAGAUAGACUGCCGAGGACAUUACUGAGAUGGACUACCCAGGACAUUACUAAGGUGGACUAUCCCUGAAAAACAAAGCCGUAGAAGAUUCAAAGAAACCUUGCACAGAACAAUAGAGAAAGAAAUGUGAAAUAGCAAUCAGAUCCUGCAGACAGCUCCGACUGAAGCAGCCAGACAGAAGUAAUGCCCUUGGCCAUCCUCUCAAGCACCAUAACCCAAAAAGGACUGAAUGAAUGAAUUAAUAAGGAUUUGAAUGUUGAUACAAAUCACUUUUUUUCUCUUUGUUUUUAAAAACUGGAACACGCAAUAUAUUCAAAAUGUGCCAUAUAAUAUUUUUUAGGUUAUCAAGAACUCUCAUAUUUUUUUUAAAAUGUUUAAAAAAUGUGGUCUAUCUCUUCCUGAUCUCAAUAAUGUACAUUUAUAAUUCAAAUGUUUUCCAAGACUUCAAGAGAGAAAGAAAAGAAAUCUAAUGAAUACACAGUUGAGGGUUGGCAGGGGAGGCAGCUCUUGGAUACGUUUGGUGACUCCCUGAGGCACGUCAACCAUAUCUACAAUAAAGAAUUCGGCUUCCAGCCUCGUAAAGUACCUGGUCACAUGCCACACAUGAUCGACAGAAACAUUAUGUAUGAGCUGCAAAAUAGGUGUGUAGGAACGGGCGGAGUGUCUUUAAAUAAAAUUUGUCAAGGGAUGACCUAGUUUAAUAUUUGAUUUCAUGUGAAGAUGUUUGACUGAAAUAAAAAUAACUAAAAAAAUAAAUACUUACAUUCAAGUGAAGAAUAGCACCCCUUGUAGCUAUGUCGGGUAUGUGAGAACAUUAAGUGGUCUUGUGAGAACAUAAAGUGCUCUUGUAUAUAUGUCAAGUAUCUGAGAACUUUAAGUGUUCUUUUAUCUGUGUCAGGUAUGUGAGAAUUUUAAGUGUUCUUGUAGCUGUUUUGGGUAUAUGAGAACUUUAAGUGUUCUUGUAGUUGUGUUGGAUAUGUGAGAACUUUAAGUGUUCUUGUAGCUGUGUCAGGUAUGUGAGACCUUUAAGUAUUCUUCUAGCUGUGUCGGGUAUGUGAGAAGUGUUCUUGUAGCUGUGUCGGGUAUGUGAGAAGUGUUCUUGUAGCUGUGUCGGGUAUGUGAGAACUUUAAGUGUUCUUGUAGUUGUGUCGGGUAUGUGAGAACUUUAAGUGUUCUUGUAGCUGUGUCGGGUAUGUGAGAACUUUAAGUAUUCUUGUAGCUGUGUCGGGUAUGUGAGAACUUUAAGUAUUCUUGUGGCUGUGUCGGGUAUGUGAGAACUUUAAGUGUUCUUGUAGCUGUGUCAGGUAUGUGAGAACUUUAAGUAUUCUUGUAGCUGUGUCAGGUAUGUGAGAACUUUAAGUAUUCUUGUAGCUGUGUCGGGUUUGUGGGAAGUGUUCUUGUAGCUGUGUAGGCUAUGUGAGAAGUGUUCUUGUAGCUGUGUCGGGUAUGUGAGAAGUGUUCUUGUAGCUGUGUCGGGUAUGUGAGAACUUUAAGUGUUCUUGUAGCUGUGUCAGGUAUGUGAGAACUUUAAGUAUUCUUGUAGCUGUGUCGGGUAUGUGAGAACUUUAAGUGUUCUUGUAGCUGUGUCAGGUAUGUGAGAACUUUAAGUAUUCUUGUAGCUGUGUCAGGUAUGUGAGAACUUUAAGUGUUCUUGUAGAUGUGUCAGGUAUGUGAGAACUUUAAGUAUUCUUGUAGCUGUGUCAGGUAUGUGAGAACUUUAAGUAUUCUUGUAGCUGUGUCGGGUAUGUGAGAAGUGUUCUUGUAGGUGUCCUCCCCAUCUCUAACUCUUGAGCUUUUGUUCACACAAGAUUUCCCAAGGAAUGGGAUGCGACGUCCUCACACAAGAUCCGUAGCUCCACAGACAUGCAGUAUGCCUUUGCUUACUAUUACUACAUGAUGGGGGUCACUGUGUCGGUGUCGGUGGAGGAUGUGUUCCAUCAAAUGGACACUGACCACUCAGGGUACGACUGGCUUCAAUUUUAUUCAUUUAAAUUUAUUUUUUUUUUAAAUAUUUUUUUUUGGUUAAGAAAUGUUUGUUGCAUCAUGCAACUUUUUCUGUUCUUGUUGUAUAACUUUAUCUUUGCAUUUUUAUAAGAAUAAAUAUUAUACAAACAUUAUUUGCAACAUGAGAUAGAAGGUUACAGUUUCUGUUACAUAACUGGCUGCUCCAGGAUUGUUUUCAUAACACACUUAGCAUAAGACAUUUGAUUCUACACAUACUGUGCACUUCUGUGAUCUAAUGCAUUGGAUUUUAAAAGCUUUCAUAUGAACAUCAAAUUAAUAUCAGCUGUAAGAAACCAUGAAAACACUAUUAUCUCUAUACGUAUGUACCUUCUGGCAAAUUAGAGCAGGAAACACUAUUAUCUAUACGUAUGUACCUUUAGGCAAAUUAGAGCAGGAAACACUAUUAUCUCUAUAAGUAUGUACAACCUGGCAAAUUAGAUCAGGUAUCUUUCUGAAACUGCUAUGUCAAAAAUAAAUGGAGAAGCCCUAAUGAGACUAUCUAAUAUAUUAUGAACAGAGUUCUGUCAGAUCGAGAAAUUAGAACCUUUGCCGCCAGGAUGUAUGACCUUCCACUAUACCUGGAGGUAAUACAUUUUUUUAUUAUGUAGAUUAUUUUAAUUGGAUAUUGCUGAUCAUAAUUUAAAUUAAUUUUUUGGGAAACUUGAUAAAAAUAAAUAGUUAUAAAUGUACCAAAAUUUAAUGGAACUUAAAUAUUGUUUUGUAACUUCCAUUUCUAUCAUAACAGAUUUCAAUUGUUGUAACUUUUCCCAUUUCCCCCUCCUUUCCCCCUUCCCAGACAUUGACGGGACUGGAGGCCAUGUUUUCCAACUGCUCUCAGAACCUGUCUGACCCCACCCACCUAACAGAAGAGAACAUUGAGCACUACUAUGAGAAGUCGAUGGUAAGGACUCUAUAUAGUAAUUGUGGAUGCACAUCUCUUUAGUUGGAGGAAGUGGCAAAGCUCCUUGUAAUGUAAUCUAAUGAAACAGAAGCUGCAUAUGUAAAUGUCACCAUCUGAAGUGGCAUAUAUAAAUGUCAACACCUGAAGCAGCAUGUAUAAAUGUCACCAUCUGAAGAAGCAUAUAUAAAUGUCACUAACUGAAACAGCAUAUACAAAUAUCACCAUCUGUAGCAGCACAUAUAAAUCUCACCACCUGAUGAUUGAUGUAGCAUAUGUAAACGGCACCAGAUGUCAUUCUUAGUGGUUUCAUUAAAAUCAUUUAAACAAAGACAGAACAUUAAAAGAGGCAAACAAUCUAUUUUUGAACAGGAACACUGCAAAGGUGCCCACCCACCCACCCACCCUCUCUUCUAGAACUCGACAGUUUCAUACUAUGUAAACCGCUACCCUCGCUCAUCUCAUCCCUCCGUCCUCUGGGGAAAUUUUUUUUUUUUUUUUGAAAGGAAACUUAAACAUAAAUUUCCAGACAAGAUUUACAACUGAUUUCAUGGGUAAAUUGAUAUUUCUAGAGCCGGAGCUUUGGGGCGGGGCGAUGCGGUUAAAACCUCGGCUUACUUUUGUGUCUAUAUCAGGUACUUUGUUUCUUCUCCACCAGCCCCAGGUGACCAAACACCUGUUUGUCAACUGUGAUGCCAUUGGACAGCUUGUUAAGUCCAAGGUCAAACCCAAGCUCAAGUACAAGUAAGUACAGAACAGGGUGUAAGGUGUGACCAGACUCUGUCAGCUGUAAUAGAUUCUGUCUGCUAUACUGUAUUCUGUCAGCUGUAAUAUAUUCUGUCGGCUGUCAUUUAUUCUGUCAGCUGUAACUGCAAUAGACUCUGUCUGCUGUAAUCGAUUCUGUCAGCUGUAAGAGAUUCUGUCAGAUGUAAUAGAUUCGGUCUUUGAUAUGUUUAGCUUGAAAAGAAUAGACAAGAUGGUUAAAUGGACAUUUUGGUUAGAUGCCUUCUUCAGCAAAAGAUACAAAACAAUAAACAACAGAAAAUUAUAAAUUUAAAAUUAAAAAUUAUGUGUUCGAAAAUCUCAAUAAAGUAAAAAUUACGUGGACUACAUUGUCUGAACUAUUGCAAGGUGUACAUUUUUUUUAGCGUGUUUCAUAAUUAUGACAGAUGGGUUGUUCUUCAUCAGUGGCAGCAUCCAAAACUUAUUUCACAUCUGAGUUUCUCCUCUUCCCAUCUUUAGGACUUCACCUGUGGAUGAUUCGGAUAUUACAUUCAAGAUGAUCCACACAAACGUGUCUCAUGUCGUGGGACAACUGGACGACAUCCGGAAACACCCCAAGUGAGUUUGAGAGCACUGUUGGCCACGCCACACACCAUACUAUGUGAUACAUUACAAACCAUACACCAACAAACCACAUAUCCCACACACCAUACUAUGUGAUACAUUACAAACCAUACACCAACAAACCACAUAUCCCACACACCAUACUAUGUGAUACAUUACAAACCAUACACCAACAAACCACAUAUCGCACACAGCAGACCAUGUGUAUGUUUGGCCACUGGUUUACUUCAAGGGCACAGUUUGUCCUGAACGAAGGCCACAGGUUCACUACUGUCAUGAUGUAGUCGUCCCCCCCUGCGCUUGUGAUUGCCAACAUUAACAUGUACACCGUUUACACAAGUGUGACGUUAUCAACUUGUACACCGUUUACACAUGUGUGACAUUAUCAACUUGUACACCGUUUACACAUGUGUGACGUUAUCAACUUGUACACCGUUUACACAUGAGUGACGUUAUCAACUUGUACACCGUUUACACAUGUGUGACGUUAUCAACUUGUACACCGUUUACACAUGUGUGACGUUAUCAACUUGUACACCGUUUACACAUGUGUGACGUUAUCAACUUGUACACCGUUUACACAUGUGUGACGUUAUCAACUUGUACACCGUUUACACAUGUGUGACGUUAUCAACUUGUACACCGUUUACACAUGUGUGACGUUAUCAACUUGUACACCGUUUACACAUGUGUGACGUUAUCAACUUGUACACCGUUUACACAUGAGUGACAUUAUCAACUUGUACACUGUUUACACAUGUGUGACGUUAUCAACUUGUACACCGUUUACACAUGUGUGACGUUAUCAACUUGUACACCGUUUACACAUGUGUGACGUUUUAUGAACUAAGAUGAUGUUUUAAUUUCUACUUUGGGCAGGAAGUUCAUUUGCUUGAAUGACAACAUUGACCACACCAGGGAGGAGGCAAAAACUGUGAGUUUUUAAUAGAUGUACUGGUCAGCUGUUAGGUUGCACUGUUGUGACCGAUAGGUUGCACUUUAGCGACCGAUAGCUUGCACCGUAGUGACCAAUGCCUGGGUCUUUAGUUUUGUACUUAUGCCUUUUUAAUUAAGUAGUAGUAUUUGAAUUAAAAAAUUAAAAAAACAACAACAACAUCUUGACAGUUAGUGUGGAUAGAAAGUUUUUUCAUGUCUGGCAUCAAGUGUCUGGCGUCAGGUAUCUGGCGUCAAGUGUCUGGCGUCAGGUAUCUGGCGUCAAGUGUCUGGCGUCAGGUAUCACACAGAGUUGGUUUAUCUUCCAUUUUUAAAUAAAUAAUUCUCUCACAAUGUAAAAAAAAAAAUGUAAUAGAAUUGAUUUGUGAACAUUUACAAUCGAUGUUACAAUGUGUUGAAUUUUGUAAAUAUCUACUAUCAAUCUUACAAUGUAAUGACUUUUGUCAACAUCUACAAUCAGUCUUAAAAUGUAGUGACUUUUGGAAACCUCUACAAUCAGUCUUACAAUGUAGUGACUUAUGAUGAGCUGGCAAUGUGCAAUGUUACCCUGAUGUUUACAUUGAUAUAGGUGAAAGCUAUCCUCCAAGACUUCUAUGAAUCCCUGCUCCCCAUUCCAUCCCAGUUUGAGUUGCCGAGGGAUUACAGGAACAGGUUCCUGCACAUGAAUGAGUUGAGGGAGUGGUGAGUCGCAGCCCUUGUUUAUUUUGCAUGUAUUGUGUUAAAUUGUUCCGGUGAGAGCAUUGGGCAUGGCUCCCACUGUGUUAAACAGGGUAAAUGUGUUAUGCAUGGCUUGCAGUGUUAAACAGGUUAAGUGUGUUGUGCAUGGCUCAUAGUGCGUUCAACAGGGUAAAUGUGUUAUACAUGGCUAACAGUUUUAAACAGGGUAAGUGUUGUGCAUGGCUUACAGUUUUAAACCAGGUAAGUGUGUUGUGCAUGGCUCUCAGUGUUUUAAACAGGGUAAGUGUGUUAUGCAUGGUUCCCAGUGUGUCAAAAAUUUUAAUGGUUGGUCUGGUCAGAUGUUAAGUGGCACUGUAGUGACCAAUUCCUUUCUUGCUCAAACACUAUUUUUUAUUAUAGUCUUGUUAAGUAUCUUACCCAGUGCAUAUCUUUAAAUUACAAAAAAAUAACACAACAUUUAAUGCAGACAGCCUGUGGGAGUAAUCUUCUGAAAGCUAAAGUGGGAACCAUACCAGGUAAAAUGAUACAGGCUUGGUAGUUAUGAUAAUAUAUGACUUUAAGAUGCUGAGCCUUGGAGGUCAUCUUAUCCAUUCAUUAUCUACUCGCACUCAUUCCAGGCGAUCUUAUCGGGACCGAUUGAGGUUCUGGACACAUGUGGCGUUGGUUGUUUUAGUUCUGCUGGCCAUCAUGUCUUUCUUAGGAGAGAAGGUAUUUAGUGUUGUCUGUAUAUAAUUACCCUUCAUGUCUUUCUUAGGAGAGAAGAUAUUUAGUGUUGUCAGUAUAUAAUUACACACAUGUUGCUGUUGAAAAGUGAUUUUUACAAGGAUUUAACAAAUCUCUAUCAAACCUUUUGUUUUUAAAGCUUGUAGUUUUUUAAAUUAUUCACAAGGACGCCAUGAUUAAAUCAUAAAAAUAUCAGAUUGUCCUUAAUCUACCUUAGAUUGAAAAUUUGAGAAGAAGAUGGUCGAACCGCAAGCUUCGGAGAAGACGGACAUCAUCCAGCAAUGAGUCCACCCCUCCAGACUCUGUGUCGGUGACACCGUCCCCCACUGACUCCAGUUCUGUCAUGGUGUGGGACAGUGUGCUGGAGACAGUAUGACAAUUACUGCUAGGGCUGCUCUCCCCUAAUGUUAUGUUCUUUGUUUUAACCCUUGUCUUCCUGGUAAACAUGGUUGUAAUAGGAUUUCAUUUGUUGGGGUGAAUUGUCAUAGAUUCCAUAGGUUGAGGUGAAUUGUCCUAGAUUCCAUUUCUAUACGUUGAGGUGAAUUGUCAUAGAUUCCAUAGGUUGGGGUGAAUUGUCUUUAGAUUCCAUAUGUCGGGGUGAAUUGUCAUAGAUUCCAAAGGUUGGGGUGCAUUGUCAUAGAUUCCAUAGGUUGGGCUGAAUUGUCAUAGGUUGUCAUUGGAGUGACUUGCUCAUUGUUUCAGGAUUAGCCAUAUAAAAAAAUUAUUUGAUAUUUUAAAAAAACUUUUGUUGUAUUUUUCUGGUUAGAAAACUAAUGAUUUUAAUGUGAUCGAAAUCAUGACAUGCUUCCAAUACGAAACAAAAAACAACUGCAUAUUGUCAGACUUGAUCUUGUCCAGUUCAGUCUGGGAUGCAACUCAUUUUAGCCAACCCACUGUGUGAAAUAAUAGCAAUGUGUUAUCCCCCGAUAGAACUAUCACAAAAUGUAUGUGCUUGGCAGGAAUCUGUUGACGUAUCAGUGUUUUGUUUAUUCUUGUUAUUUCUACUGCAAGCAGCCCUAGCAGUUCUUCUCUUGUUGUUCUUGAUCUCUGUGAAAUAAUUUUGUUUGAAAUAUUUAUUGUUUCAUUUUUUGGGGGCUAACAUUCCACACGCAUGAAUUUAUGAUAAUUUUUCUGGAUACAUGUUUCUGAAUAACUCUUCAAUUCAGGGACAGACAUUUUUUUUAGCUUUGAUUACAAU